AUGGUGGGCAAUAGCAUCCCUGUCCACGACGUCGAACAGGGCUCCCCUGAUGUUCGACAGGACGAGUCGACGUCGGACGAAAAAAAGGACGUCAGCCAGGUAAUGCCAACUACACAGAGCUCUCAUACUACAAUUCAAGAAGGUGUGGAAAUUCCGAAAAAUAAUCUUUGGAUCGUUAUACCAACGAUUGGUUUAAUUGGAUUCAUAUCAGCUCUGGAUCAGUCGAUCGUAUCGACCGCUCUUCCCACUAUCGCGGCAGAUUUUAAUACAAGUCCGUCCGAAUACUCAUGGAUUAGUACCUCAUAUCUUUUGAGUCAAGUCAUGGUUAACCCUAUCAACGGGAGGCUGACCGACAUAGUGGGGAGGAAGCCGGCAUUGUAUUGCGCUGUCAUGUUCUUGUUGGUGUUCUCGGCUUUGUGCGGUUCGGCAAAGAGCGCCACAUGGUUGAUCAUAGCCAGAGCCUUUGCUGGAGUCGGUGGUGGGUCGGUGGUUAGUCUGUCGGUCAUCGUGGUCUCCGACGUCGUCCCACUUCAUCGCCGCGGAGCUUAUCAAGGUUACCUAGGAGCGCUUUGGGGUGUCGCUUCCACAUUGGGCCCAAUAUUGGGUGGGAUCCUGACCACCAAGGCGAGCUGGCGGUGGUGCUUUUACCUCAAUAUUCCGAUUUGUGCCCUGGCUCUCAUCCUCCUCUUCUUUUUUUUGAACCUCCAGCAAGCUCCCCGAAGCGAUAUAGCUGAAUUACGAAGAUCAUUCGACUUUAUUGGCCUAUUCUUGAUCAUGGCAGCUUCAGCUAUGAUAGUCGUUGGCUUCUCAAGCGCGGCAGACGAAGGCUUCGACUCCAAGACUGCGUAUGGUACGAUCAUUGGCGGAGUCGUUGUCACUGCAUUGACCGUUGUGCACUGUCUAACCACAAAAAAGAAUGCAAUCAUUCCGGCGCGAAUGCUCAAGACAAGGACCCCGCUGUUUUUCACGUUUGGAUCCUUUCUUCUAUCUAUUAUGUUUUUGCCAGCCACUUUUCUUCUACCCCAAUUUUUCCAAGGCGUUGGCGGAGCUACGUCUCUGAAAUCUGGUCUCUAUUUCAUCCCCUUUGCAAUGAGCUUGACGAUAUUUAGUAUCAUCGCUGGCGAAAUCUCAACUCGAUUCCAUAUCGUCCGUCCCGUCAUCUGGGCCGGUUUCUGUUUGUCAGCUCUUGGUUAUGGUUUGUGGUAUGCCCUUCUCACUUAUGACGUAUCAUUCGCUACUCAAGAAGGAAUUCAGGUAAUCGUUUCUGCUGGUAUUGGCCUAUCAAUAUCCCUGCCCAUGUUGGUGAUACAAGCGUCAAUGCCUGGAAAAGACAUGGCUGCCAGUACAGCCGCUUGGACACUAAUGAGAUCGAUCGCAGCGUGUAUAGGUAUUGCGAUAUUUACAGCUGUUUUCAAUACGGGCUUAAGAUCUCGUUUCUCGAAAAUUGAAGGCUAUGGCACGUCCUUUGUGGCUCCCACUAGCGCAGCUGGGUAUCAUGCUUUGCAUGAUCUGCCGGACGGCCCUACAAAGACGGCACUAUUGCGGGCAUUCGCCGAUUCCAUGAGAAUAUGCUGGCUGAUCGGAUGCGCAUUUGCGUGUUCUGCACUUGCUAUCACUUUGUGCACCAAAUCAUAUAGUCUCAAAAGGACAUAUGGCGCAGCACCAGCUGCGACUCAAGAAGGAGAAAACCAUGCGGACGAGAACGGAUCUCCACAGGCCGAGGGACAGCCGGAGAUGUCCCAAAUAGAUCAAGCGGAAGAAGACAGGUUGAACAGGCAGAUGUUGAGGGUGGAGGACGGAUUGAGAGAUACAGGUGCCAGUUUUAGUGUGCCUCCUUCAAGGUCAGCGUCUCGAGUUCAUUAG